AUGCCUCCUCCAGCUACACCGCAACCGCAACCGCAACCACAACCGCACCAGAAGCAUCACCAUCAGCCGCAACAGCCAGGGCAGCCGCUUCGCCGCAUGACAUCAUUGACACAGCGCUUUCGAGGCCGCAAGCCAGUCAAGUCUCCCACCGCCGCAACCACCGCCACACCACAACCAGAGGCUCACGACGCAGCACCAGCUUCGGGACAGCUUCGCCAGCGGCCUGCGUACGUCCCCACCCACGCAGCCGCCAGCUUCGCGAGAACCGUGUCACCGCUGUCGACGCCUCGUAUCGACGAGCGGGAUGAGCUUGCAUGCGACGAGACGCCGAGGUCGCCAAGAAUGCACUCCACACCCGCUGCAAGGGGGCGCCACGUUCCGUCAACCACCACAACCACACCACCCGCGAGCAUCAGUCCCUCUGCUGCCUCGCACCGCGCACAGCCCGACGUCGGCGAGCCGCCGCUCAACAACGACGACGCCGACGACGACGACUACGCCGCCUUUUUGGCCGAGGCCGAGGCGAAUGACCGUGCCUUUCGCUCGCGAUGGGCCCAGAGGGAAAAGGAGCGUCGCGAGCAGCAGUGGGCGCUGGGCAAUCACGCCGGCCCGCCGCAGGGCUUCAAGGGCACGACGCAGCGGGACAGCGCCUAUUACUCGGUCGCGUCUGUGUCGCCGAGCAGCACGAGCGGACAUGGGAGCGGGCCGCAGAAGCAAGCGCUUCACGGACGGUGGUCUGCGCCUUUGCCCGCAUCCACGUCGCCGCGAGCUCUGCAUCACAAGCCGAGCAAGACGCUGGGGAGGCGUAUUUCUGAAUACUUCAAGCCUUCUUCCGAGACGGGCGUGCCUACAAUUGCAUGA